AUGGCACCUAUACUCACUUGCUUUGAUGUAUUUCAGCUCGCAGGGACGUCUGCAAGAAAGAAGGAAGGGCAAGGGACAGAGGAUGCUUUGGUGAAACUUUCCAAAGUUUUUGAAGUCGACCUCCAAGACUUGAAGACUCAGUACGUCUCGGUUCUGCCAACCGCGCAAGCCAUCCAGAAGACCGCUGGGCUGGAGAAUCGUCAGGCUUGGGCGGAGGCUCUCACGCUCCUACGGGCUACUUCGGCUUUGAAGAAGAAAUAUCCUGCAGAAGCCCUGACACAGGUUGUCGCUGCAUACGUGGCAUUCACAGCUUCAAGCAGUGGUUGUGAGCAAAUGUUCAGCGGGUUGAAGAGGAGCCCGGCUGAGUUGGCUAGCUCUCGACUGGACACAGACAAAAGACUGGCCGUUGUCGUUGGGGGUGAUGCUCAGUUCGACGGAAUGGUUGUCGCCAAAGCUCGCGAGCUGUCGGGUACUUUGCUGCGCUCCGGGCGCGCGCGCUCAACCACCCGCGCUCCGCGAAUAGAUCGUGGUCGAGCUGGCCUUGAGAGGCCAGACUCUCAUCGAGUGUGGCUGCGUAAGCGAAAGGAAGCAGUUGACAAAGCAGCGCAAGAAGACCAAGACUUGUGCACGCCGCACAGACGUCCAGUUUUGGCACUGACAGAAAGUCUUCAAAAGGAAGUCGACAAGCAGGAGGCAUUGAGUAAGAAAAGGAAAGCUGAGGCUUUUUUGGAAGGAACCUUGCUGGAAAAGGACGUGACCGACGAAAUUCGCAUCGCAGCUCAGAAAAAAAUUGGUCUAGACCAAGCGAAUGACAAACAAAGACACAAGAACUGUGUGCGCAUCUUACAAGCUGUGGAGAUGACUCAGAAGAAGCAGACGCAAGCUUGGGCCUUGCGUAACUUACCUCAGCCUGCUUUGCUGACCCAGACAGGAAAUGAAAAAAACAUUUUGCAGCGAGCGCUGAAGCAAGCAGGUGUUUCGACUUUUGUCCAAGACAUGCGUGAAGCCAAACUCUUAGUUGUUGACCAAGUGCAGGCCAUGACUCGCACACAGCGGCUGCUGUCGGCCGUGAUGGGUUGCGUGGUGCUGUCUGCUUCCACAUUGCGUGGAGCCGGAGGCGUGAAAUUGACUUUCCAUGCAGGUGUGGAGAAAAGGGUGCGCUUGUUUUUGACAGAUGCUUUCAAACGUGAAAAUGCGGCGUUGACCCUCGUUGUCCGGGAGGCAGUUGCCCGGAGACUUGGUUUAACGGCUGUGACUUCUGAGGAAGCCAGAAGGAAGGAUGGCUGGAAGUGGGGCUUGACUUUGAAAGGCAAUAAUGAAAAUCUUGGGGCCACAAGUCGGUGCAAGAAAAUCUUGCAGCUGACCGGGGACGAGUUUGUCAAAUGGAUUCAAGCCCACCAAGACGGAGCCAUGCCCUCGCCUCCUGGAAAUGGAAAGAGGCCGCAAUUUCUGGAGCCAAAGCCCAUCAGAAAGAGGAAUCCCAAGGACUUUUGGUUCUAUGUGCAGAAAAAAUUACUCACCUCUUGGCGGCCAGAGAAACUUCUCCGGUGCUAUCAGACGUUGAUGAAGCACAAGUGGGAAACUUGUGGCCUGGCAAGUCAGCUCAAGAAGCAGCUGAUCCGCAAGAAAGGUUUACUCAAGGUUCGCAAGGGUCAGAUGACCAAGACUAAAAAAGGCCCUCACACACCGCCUCCGCCAGUUGUCACUGAAAUCAACCGCUUAGCAGAGACUUGGAAAAAACGGCUCGGUUUCUGGAAGCCUGGCAGCUCAAAGAAAACUUUCGCUCUUGGGUCCGAUUGCGCGGGCUACGGCUCGGAGUUGUUGGCCCUGAGGCUUCUGGGCUUGCAAGCCCGCGUGAAGCUAUUGAUGCUUUGCGAAGCAAGCCCAUCCAAAAGAGCUCUCCACAAAGUUAUGGUGGAUCAGUGUGGGUUCGAUGACUCAGAAUGCAAGGUCUUCGAUGACAUUUUUCGUCGUCGCAACGACGACGAAGAGACGCCUGUUGUCGACCUUUAUGUCACAGGAUACCCUUGCCCUGCUUUUAGUCGAAUCGGAAAGCGCCAGGGCUGCGGUGAAAAACAUGGGGUCAUCACCCUGCAGGGUCACUACGUGGCUUCAAAACGCCCACGGGCGCUGCUCCUCGAGCAAGUGUUGACGCUGCCUAAAUACGAGCAGAUUCUCGGUCAAGACCUGUGGACCAGAGGCUAUGUCCUAGACGUGGCA